AUGGGCGAAAAAAAAUUAAUUGAUAAUUUGCUGGCUCUUAAUAAAAAUGUACAAAAUCAAACAAAUCAAGAUGUUGAGGAAAGAGAUUGGAUCGAUGGAAGCAUUAUUUUUAACGAUUCGAAAUUAAAUGGAAAUGGUGAAAAUAAUUUUGAUAGAAGACUGACUUUUAAUAUUGACAAAAAUUCAACAAAUUCAAAUACCUAUGAUAAAAUGAAAUCUAGAGAAACAUAUGAAAUUGCACCUAAAAAAAUAUUAACACGACAAACAACUUUUGAAGUACCGCAAAAAGAAAGUGUAUUACUCGAUAAGACUAAUUCCAGAGCUACAUAUGACAUACCGAAAAAUGAAAAAAAAAUAUUUGAACAAGUUUUAAAUGAAAUAAAUUUAAAUGAUGUUAAAAUAAAAACUGAUAAAAUAGCUAAAGUUUCUCUUAAAAACGAUACAAAAGAAAUUGAGAAAAAAAAAAAUUUAGGUAAAAAAUUUGAUGAAAAUGUUUUGGUUGCAAAUAAAAAAAGAAAUUCAAACCAAAGUGGACAAGUCAAAAUGUUAACUAUCCCUUACACAAGUAUUACUAGAAGGGAAAAAACAGAUGAGAAAAAUAAAGUUGAUUUUCCAUUUAAAUUAGCCAAAAAAUCGAUUAACAUAAAAAGAAAUUCAAAAUUACCACCUAAAAUUGAAUUAAUCAAAUCUCCUGCGAUUGGAAAAAAAUUUGUUAGCAGUACACCGUCAAAAACUCUUUUACUGUCGUCAACUCAAGCUAAAAAACCACUUCCCACGAAAAUACCAUCUGUGUUAAAUUUAACAAAUUCAAAAUUGACAAAAGCUGAAAUUUUAACUAACAGAAAUGAUGAAUUCAAGGAAAAUGUAAAAAGAAUACUACAGGAAAAAAAAAAGAAGAAAGAACCUGAAGAAAUAGUGAGAAAAAAAUCAUUAACACCAAAAUCUAAUAUCAAAUCCAGUCCUGGAACGCUAACAAAUAAAUCUCGAGCACUCAAAGACAAAACCUCGGAAAAAUUAAAUCAAUCUGAUAUAUCGAAAAGCUUUAUCACGCCCAAUAAACCAAUUGUUGCUAAUAAAAUGCCUGAUUUUAAUAAAAUUCAUCAAAAACAAUUUGAACAAAUGGAUUCGCUUACAGACUACCUGAAAAAAAAAGAAGAAAGAAUGAAAAAAUUAUUAGGACAUUCACAAUCGCCUAGUAAAAAAUCAAUGAAUGGUGAUGAUGAUGAUAUAUUUAAAUUUCAAUCUGCUACAAAGACUCGUACGAAUAAAUUAGGUUCAUCGGUUGAAAAUUUGAAAAAUGUUAAAAUUGCACAAAAAGAAACCAUUAAAAAUAAAUUACCCUUUCACAACGUUCAGUAA